AUGGGCAACUGGCACACUUGCUGUCUGAAGCCCAGUGACAAGGGCAGCGACAGCCUCAGUUCCAGCCCCAGCCCUAUCCCCAUACCCGGACCCAGACCCACCCCCGUAUCCAGCUCCGAGCUGGAUGGGGUUCCCCCAGGACCCAGACCUACCCCCGUACCCAGCUCUGAGCUGGAUGGGGCUCCAGGACCCAGACCCACCCCCGGACCCAGCUCCGAGCUGGAUGGGGGCUCCAGGCACGUUAAGUCAAAGUGUAAGUCUAAGGUUCAUGAAGAGGCUGCCGAGGACACAGGGACAGUAGAAACAGUGCCGGCUACCCCGAAGUCUAAGAGGUUGAAUUCCUUAGCCCUCAAGGGCUAUCACCGGAAGAACAUCAGCGCCCCAGAGAUGGCCCAAGAACAAGACGAGAAGAACAAUGAUGAAUUUCCAGGGCGCCUUACUAAGCGCUAUGGGUCUUGCCCCACGGUGUUUCUCUAUGAUGACACUGUGAGCCAGCCGAAUUUCAGCACCAUCAUCCAAGCCGUGUCUAUGGCCAUAUAUAACAACAUCAAGUACAGAAUUGGAAAUAAAACCACCGCUAUUUUCGAUGAGAGAAAGCACCCCUUCAGAGUACUUACACUGAGUGUUCAGAUUAUUAUGACCACCUGA